AUAAACAUAAUUUCCAGAGAUGAUGUAGGUGUCACAUUUUCUCACAGCGGCGGGGGCGUGCUCCCGGGGCCGCGGGCGGCGCCGAUCUCGAUCCCGCCCCGCGCUGGCGCUGCCCCAGGGCCCGGGGAGGGCGGCCGAGCAGCGGGGCCGCCGGGAAGGCUCCCGGCCUCGGAUGUGCUCCGGACCCCGAGCAGCAGGCACCACCAGAUUAUCAAGAGAGAGGCGCCCCAGCGCUCCCCAGCGAUGGCAGGGAAAAGAGUCCUGAUAGUCUAUGCACAUCAAGAGCCCAAGUCCUUCAAUGGAUCUUUGCUGAAGAUUGCUGUGGAAGAACUGACCAAGCAGGGCUGCAGCGUCACCGUGUCGGAUUUAUACGCCAUGCAGUUUGAGCCCAGAGCAACAAGAAAUGACAUUGUUGGUCGCCUGCACAACUCAGAAGCCUUCAAUUAUGGUGUGGAAACCUGGGAAGCUUACAAGAGAGGAGGUUUGUCCAAAGAUCUGGUUGAAGAGCAGAAGAAGGUGCAGGAAGCAGACUUGCUGAUUUUUCAGUUCCCCUUGUUUUGGUUCAACAUGCCUGCAAUCCUGAAGGGCUGGAUGGACAGAGUCUUGGUCCAAGGCUUUGCUUAUGAUUUGUCAAAGGCUUACGAUGGUGGCUUACUCCAGGGCAAAUUAUCUCUGUUUUCUUUCACCACGGGAGGAAGCAAAGAGAUGUAUUCAAAAGAAGGUAUCGGUGGUGAUAUUCGCUAUGUCCUAUGGCCCAUGCAGCAUGGAAUCAUGCACUUCUGUGGUGUCAAAGUCCUUGAACCUCACAUCUGUUAUGCUCCAGAGAAUGUCUCCGAGGAGAAGAGGAAGGAGAUGCUGACUGCCUGGACCCAGCGUCUGAAGACUCUUUGGAAGGAAGAACCCAUAGACUGCUCUCCUGAGUGGUAUUUCAAGUAGUGUUCAGGUGUAAGACUACAGAGAGAAGGGUUUUUUCCUUAAUUCGUUUUGAUGUUCUAUCUAAAUACAUGAACUCUAAUCUCCUAAAUCAAAUAUAUUUUAAGAAUCUUGAAUACUACAUCUAGCAGUUUAACUGAUUAUAUAACAUUAUAACUGAUUAUUAUAACGCAGCAUUUAUCUUCACUGAUUCCCAAGGGAUUCCCUCCAAGGAUGGGUGCAAAACUCUGUGUUGUUCUCCUUGCUCACAUGAACGGUGUCAUUCUGCCUCCUUGUGGAUGAGAACACGUGUGAUAUUUCACGGCAGAUUAUGCCAUUGCUGCUUGUCAAACAGUGAAGUACAUGGCCAAGUUAAUUUUAUCACUUUUUAUACCAGUUGCCACUUUUUUUCCUUUACCAGGGAAUAUGGUGCCCAUACCCAACUUGUCAUUUAAAAGCCACUUGUCAUUGGUUGUGAGAGUUCCAACACUUGUGCCUUGGAGCUAUAAAACCACAUCAUGAGCAGUGUUGCAAAAGGAUGUAUGGCUGCAAAGUGUCUUAAACAGCUGGAAAGCCUUGAGGGCAGCCUUAGGCUUCUCCAGGUAUCUAUAAAGCAAUAUUAAAGCUAUGACAGAUACCAGAAAUGGGAAAAAAUAAAUACGAAUGUAGUGGCGUGUGCA